AUGGCAGUAAAUAUCGCAAACGUUUACUACUGUCGGGUGGUGCGAUAUUUUUGCUUCCUUGGAUGGUACGUGCUCAUGGAAUAUACAGACGGUCACAGAAGAUUCUCGGCUGCAGUCAAGGCUGCAGCAAGGGCAUCAAAUUGUGACAGCGACCAACUUCCGAUGGUUCUGAAUUCGGUGACAGCAUCUGGCUUCAUACUCCGCCCGUUAUGGGCCGCUCUAGGCCAAUCCAUGCCACUGGUUCAUAAGUUGGCAGUCGCUCUCUGA